CUGGAUUUUCUUCACUCAAACCAUGUGAUCCACCGAGAUAUGAAGAGCCGCAACAUCCUUCUCAGAACCGAUGGCUCUGUCAAGCUGGCUGACUUUGGCCUCUUUGCUCAGCUCCCCCCUGAGCAGAGUAGACGGAGCUCCAUGGCCGGCACUUCUGGGUGGAUGGCGCCUGAAGUGGUGACAGGUCAACCAUAUGGCCCCAAAGUGGACAUAUGGUCUUUUGGAAUCGUGGGCAUUGAAAUGGUGGAACGAGAAGUUCCUUGCUGGAAUGAAACUCCUGGCACGCCUCAACUCCUGAUAGCCAUAUGAGGGAUACCAAAGCUGCAGCAGCCCAACCUGUUUUCUCCUUGCCUGCGUGACUUCCUGAGCUGCUGCCUGCAGACAGAUGAGGCACGGCGCUGGUCUGCCAAGGAUCUCCUGCAGCAUCCAUUUGUAACAUCUGCUGAGCCUGCGUCCAGCCUCGUGCCACUGAUUGUUUCAGUGAAGAAGAGGAAGGAGACAAGAAAGUUAUAAUCACAUCAGGACCAUUUACUCCUCAACCAGUUUAGAGUAGGAUUGUAGGUUAGGACUAGGAUUAGGGUUAAG